GUUGAAACAUUCAAUUUAAAGAGCUGAACUUAGGGCAUUGCAUUUUGGACUGUGGACGGACUUUUGGCGCAAUGCAAGAUCCGGGGAGAUUCCCACGAGCACAUUCUUUUCUUCUCCUCAUCAACACACUCAAUACCACCCUCCAAUACCACCAGGUUCAGUUUUCAGACUUCAAGCUCUAUGCUUCAAAUUUAAUCCCAGACCUUCAUAUCAUCAAUCUCAACAAUCUCAACGUCAAUCUUGAACAAACCUGGUCAAGAAUAAUCGGGAACAUCGAACCAAGGCAACAACAUGCCUUCCAGUAAAGAGCUUCCGGACUACUACCAUGUUUUCGGUCUGAGCAGAGACUUCACAGAAACAGAAAUCAAAAUCCAGCACCGCAGACUCGCUUUUCAACACCACCCUGACAAGAACCCCAACAAUCCAAAUGCAACGGCGUACUUCCAACUCAUCAACGCUGCAGCCGAAGUCCUCACCGACCCAGUCACCCGUCGCUAUUACCACAACCAAUAUGACAAACAGCAAGUCGAAACAGCAUCUCAGCGCGACAAAAUCAAAGCUUGGAAGGGCUGGCCUUCUGCUGACUAUGGAAGCGAGUACACGUGGGCACCUCCCAAGGAACAUGAGUACACAUGCAAGAUCAAGUGCGAGGAAGAAGGAAGGGCGAAGAAAGAACCCACUGGAGAAGAAACGAGAUCGAGCCCGAAACAGAAAGAGGUUGAGGUCCCAGAGUUUUGGGAGCAUGUAAUCUUAGAUGUUCCUUCAGAUGAAAAGGAAAAUAGAACGGAAGAGAAUGAGGAGAAAGAGAAGAAAACCUUAUUUGAAGAUACCACGCCCAAACGCGAAAGAGUCUUCGAAAAACGACAAAGCAACUACCGUAAAGCCUGUACAGAAGACCAAUAUCUCGCAGACGCGUUUACAGGGUACUUCUACGUAGCUGAGGACGACCCAGAACAAGACGAAGUCGACAGCCCGGAUUUCUGGGAUUUCAUUUAUGAGUGUGAAUAUGAUUCCAACUUGAAGGAAGACGAUCUUAAUAUGGGGGUCGUGGAGAAGAUGGAGAAGCAUGCGAAAGACAAGAAGGAGGGGAGGGGGAGGGAUAAGAAGGCGUACGAGGAGUGA